AUGCAAGAUUACAUCAAAUUGGAGCAUAUGACGCUAGUAUACGGAGAGCAGUCAGAUGGAUAUUAUCUCCCGCAUCAUGCUGUAAUUAAACCAGGUAGUACCACCACCAAAACUCGCGUCGUAUUUGAUGCAUCGAACAAAACGGAUAAGGGAAUUUCUUUGAAUAGUCAAUUGAUGGUAGGGCCCACGAUCCAACCCAAACUGUUUGAAACCUUACUUCGUUUCAGGGCACACCUCUUCGUAAUGACAGCUGACAUCAAACAAAUGUAUCGACAAAUCUUAGUUCAUCCUGAUGAUCGACGCUUCCAGCGCAUUUUUUGGUAUAACAACAAUCAGAUUGAAACAUUCGAAUUAAACACAGUCACCAUUGGUGUCGCUUCGGCCCCUUACUUAGUAAUUAGAACUCUUCACAAGCUUGCAGAAGAUGAAAAACUUAACUUUCCGUUGGCUUUUCGUAUUUUAAGGGAAGACUUUUAUGUAGACGACCUGAUCACGGGUGCGGAUCCAUUGGAAAAUCUUCUGCAGGCUCGUGACGAGCUCAUAAAAGCAUUGCUGUGUGAAGGGUUCAUCAUCCAAAAAUGGAAUUCAAAUCACCCUCAGGUUUUGCGUGAUCUAGAAGAUCAAGGUUCUCGUCAGAACUCGUGUACCGUGUCCCAAAUUUAUCAUAUCAACCCGGAAAGAGAACACGAAAUCGUUCAAAAAACUUUGGGUGUAGCCUAG